UUGUAGCAAUGAAAGAAGAGCAGUACGCACGCACGCGCAUACGAGAAAGAAACGAGGGAGAGAGAGGGCUUGAGGGAGAAAAGGAAGCAGUCGCUUGCACGUGUGAACAGAGAAAUUUGUGCCCUUGUGUAGCUGCCGCCGCUCUUCCUUUCUGGAUCCGGAUCUAGCUACCAGGCAGCCCCUUUCUGCCUCUACCUACCUACCACAGCCCUCCGCUAAGCCUCGGCACUCACACACGCCGGGUCCGGUUGGUAUUACUCCCGACAAGGCCAGCCCAUGGCCAGCGGAGGGUGGACGCUGCCCGGUGAGGAUUCCCCAUCCUCGCAGCCGCCUCCUCCUUCCCAACCGGAGCAGCCACCGCCGCCUCAGCCUACUGCCGAUGCUGCAGCCGCCGCUGUGGAGCACGAUCUAGAGCAGUGGCGCGAGAAGCAGGAGAACGACUGGUACUGGGUUCUGCGCAGGCAGUUCCUCCUCCGCAACCUGCCGGGCUACUCGGACGCUGCCGCCUUCCAGAAGCUUCUGGCACUGUCUCACGCUUGGACCAACCACGUCUUCAUGGGAUGCAGAUAUGGCGCCAAAGUUAUGGAGAAAAUCCUCCAUAUGGCCGAAGGGAUUGACAUUGGCAAGAUGCCAUCAUUUGAAUUAGUGCCUGAUCCCAAGGCUACCAAAAGGCCAUAUUCCCUGCUGGACAACUCUCCAUCUCGCAGUGCUGAACCUCUGAGGAAGCAGCCUCCGAAAUUCUGGGUCAGGCCUCGUUUUGAACCCAUACACUUUGUAGCUAGCAACACUCAAGAUGGAGGAAUGGAGCCACCUUCAGAGAACCAAGUGCAGGUGGCCAGUGAGAACAUCACAACCCAGCAAAUGCAAAACUAUGCCGAUCGGGUUUUCAGCAGCUUCAACAUGCAGGAUGGGGACACUCAUUGUUCCAGUUCAGUGAGUUUAGGUUAUGGAAGUAGCCAGGCUGGCCAGACACAAGCCAAAGUGGUUUCCAAAAACAAAGACUCUUCUGGUAGUGGUGUUGCAGCGGUUUCGGUGGGGGCUUCUCUUCUCCAGGCCACCUCUGAAAUGUUUCCCAAGUCAGUUCUAACAGCCAAGCAGUGUUUCAUUAACAAACUUGUAAUGGCAGUCCACAAGAGUCUUGCUAGCUUUGAUGCUAGCAGUGGGACAGACAAAAUUAACUACACUUACCUCUUGACACGGUCCAUACAGGCUUGCAAGACAAACCCUGAGUAUACUUAUUCUCCCUUGAAAGAUCUUUCCCCUGGGGAUCUUCCCAAAAACAAGAAGCUCCUAAAAGAUGGCUUUGCUUGUGAGGUGAGGUGCCAGAAUGUGUAUCUGACCACAGGGUAUGCUGGCAGCAAAAACGGAUCCAGGGACCGAGCAACGGAACUAGCAGUGAUGCUGCUGCAAAAGCCCGUGGAGGUUAAAGUUGCCCAGCGGAAGUUCAAGAACACCACCCAGAAUGAUUUAGUGCUGUGCGAGAGUGGCACAUCUCCCCUUGAAUUUCCGCCAGCCCUCAAGCAGCUAGAUGACUUUAUUGCUGCAAUGAAAGAAUGCACACCUGGACAGCCAACCACCAACGCACAGCAGGGUCCCAGUUUGGCCAAACAUUGGACUAACUUUGUUCUCACAGAAAAUGCCAGUGAUGCCAUUGGGAUUCUGAACAAUUCAGCUUCCUUUAACAAAAUGACCAUUGAAUACAAAUAUGUCCUGAUGCCAAACCGCUUGUGGCACUGCAGUGUCUAUCUGCAGGACCACUUUUUAGCUGAAGGGUAUGGCACAAAGAAAACCAGCAAGCAUGCUGCGGCAGACGAGGCACUGAAAAUUCUCCAGAAGACCCAGUCCAAUGCUGGGGUCACCAAAGCAGUCCAUGUUCAGAAAGUUGGUGAUGCUGCCCGAGAUUCUGCCAAGAAGAAGGAUCUGAAGGACCUUGUCGUGUAUGAGAACUCCAUGAACCCUGUAUGCACCCUGAACGACACAGCUCAAUUCAACAAGAUGACUGUGGAGUACGUCUUUGAAAGGAUGACAGGGAUGCGGUGGAAGUGCAAGGUAAUGCUGGAAAAUGAAUUAAUAGCUGAAUCGAUUGGAGUAAAGAAGACUGUCAAGCAUGUUGCAGCCGAAGAGGCUGUCAAAAUCCUGAAGAAAACCCAGCCAACAGUUGUCAACAACCUGAAAAAAGGCACUAUUGAAGAUGUAAUCUCAAGGAAUGAGAUCUGUGGGCGAUCAGCAGAAGAAGCGUUGAAGCAGCAGAUCAAGGAAGAUAACAUUGGGAAUCAGAUUUUAAGGAAAAUGGGCUGGACGGGUGGCGGCUUGGGCAAAAGUGGAGAAGGGAUCCGGGAGCCGAUCGCUGUGAAGGAACAGUUCAAAAGAGAAGGGCUUGGUCUGGACAUUGAAAGGGAGUUGAAAAUCACGAAGAAAGAUAUUGAACAGAUCAUCCAGAAUUAUGCCUUCUCAGACAGUAAAAUUGAUCUGACUUUCUCGACAGAAUUGACCAAUGAUGAACGCAAACAGAUACAUCAGAUAGCCCAAAAAUAUGGUCUUAAGAGCAAAUCCCAUGGCCAGGGUCGUGAUAGAUACCUGGUGGUUAGCCGAAAGAGGCGCAAAGAAGAAUUGCUAGACCAGCUAAAGCAAGAUGGCCAAGUCGGACAUUAUGAACUCAUUAUGCCACAGGAGAAAUAAGGUCUGAGGGUCAUCCAUUUCUUCUGAGGAUGUCCAAACUGAGGCUGAAUUCUCCAUUAAACACAGCGAAGGCUGCAUAUUAUGUGAAACAUGAUUAAAAACUAUUUUACUUGCUUAUUUAGUUUUUAAACUUUAUUUUAAAAAAUUGAACUUUUAAUAUCAUAGUCCUUUCCAAAUAUAUGUAGUGCAAUCUGGAUAACUUUAGUACAGUUUACCUGCUUUAUGAAAUUUCUUGGAAAUGGCUUGUGGUAAUGGCAGAAAAUCAAGUCAGAAGGAAAGUUCACACACCAUUUAAAAACAAAACCAUGAGUACUUCCGGUUGAUCGCUACUCACAAACAGAUGUGUCUCCUCCGCUCUCCCGCACUGGGGGAGAACGCGUCCGAUAGCGGAGCUAGGAAGGGGGAGACCAAAGCUACGGGAACCCCGAAGUCUUGGGAGGGGACCCCGAGACAAAAUGGAAUUGCUGUGGUGCAGAGAAUAGGACCCUUGAAUGGCAGGGAGAGGGAUAACUUCUCGGCUGCUAGAUCCAGUGAUCCUCCGUUGCUGAGAAGCCCAAGUCCGUGGGUAUGUAAGCGGCUUUACUUCUGACAGACUUAAGCAUACCUAACUGAUUAGCCUACACAAUCAAUGAAUUUGCUACCUAGUGAUUAAUAAAUGAAUUUAUGCAGUACAAUGUGCUUAGAAAAAAUGAAGGCUUUUCAGAAUUUUUUUAAAUUUGACAAUGAGCUACAGUGGAACGAUUUGAGAUGAAGGACGUCUACUCCAUUAAAAAACCCAAAUUAUUUGUGCCUUAUUAUACUGAUGCUAUGAACACUUUAUGAAUUUAUAUAAAUAUUAGUGGUGUGAGACGCAGAGAGGAACAAACUGAGACAAAAAGAGAUAAAGAAAGAGACGUUCCCAACGGGGGGGAAAAGAGACCAGCAAGAAGCAGAGCGACUCCGCGGAACAUACUGUAUAUAAUUUCGUUUCAUUUGUAUUUAUCCUCGGUGGCUGACUAGGAAAAAAGGGGACAAAGCAACUAAGAAGAGGGGGUAAAGUCAGGAUUCCACCCACCAGGCAACAAAAAAUAAGAAGCUGUUUGCAGCCUGUGGUGGUUGCACAAAGACACACUGAGGGCUGAGUGGUGGAGCGGCUUACAAAGCCGGAAUUUGCCAAACAUCUACCCACCCCCUUGAGGGUUACUGUGCAAGGCAGUCCCUAUUCCCAGUUUCCUCUUGUUGUUGGUUGCUGUGAAGUUUAGGUUGGAUUGAUUGUGUUUUUGCUGACUCAUGCAGUCCGACAUCUUUUUUGCAUCACGAAAAGGAAAUGAACUGGAUCAAGAGACACUGAAAGCUUAAAUUGAAAAUGUAGACAAGUGAGUGAUUUCCCAAGGGCGACAUCUAUCAACGAACAAAAAUCUGCACCUCACCGACAAGACAUCUAAGACUGAGCUUAUUUGAAGAGUGACAUCCAGUGGCUGCUCAAGAGUACUACACUGUGCUUUUUCAAAUUGAACAUGCUCCUCUGCUGUCUCUCUAUUACGCUUACAUACUCCUCACUCUCAACCACAUUCCCCAUUUGCCCCCAUUACCUCUUUCUCAGCUUAUUCUAUUUAUUAGAAUUCCCCUUUUCCUUUCCCCCUCCAUCUUCUCUUUCUCUCUUUUUCUUUCUUUCCUCCUCCUCCUCCUCCUCCUGCUUCUCCUUCUUCCUAUUCCUUUUGUGUGUGUGUGUGUGUGUGUGUGUGUGUGAGAGAGAGAGAGAGAGAGAGAGUGGGUGUUCCCUACUGAGUGUGUGUUAUUCUAUAUAUUUGAAUGAAGUCAUCUUAUGGAGUUAUUAAAAUGUAUUUAAUCGAAGCCUAGAAUUGAUACUAAUGUUUAGGUUAAGAGAGAAUCAGUGAUUGUAAGAUUGAAAUUAAUUUGAAUCAAUUAUUAGAGAGGGUUGAUGGUGUGCUUUUUAUUGAAAAAUGGUGGAAAUCAAUUGAAACCCAGGGUGUAAUCAAUUUUAAGAUUAAUUAGUGAAUCAAUAAUUAAGAAUAGGGGCAAUCUAUUUUGAAUCAUUAGGGAAAAUGAAUAGUAGUGAAUAAUAAAAAGCCCUCACAUCCUGGCCUUUCAGCAGUUUCAGCAUCUCAAAUUAGGAGAAGUUCUGCCAAUGAUCUGGACUCGACACUAGAUAUUAGAGAAUUAAUUUUAGGCUUAAGAUAUUCAAGAUUUUAAAAACAAUGUAAAUGAGAAUGCAAAAAUGACAGAAGAAAAACUUGUCUCGAUGGGGGUCAACAAUUUGAUUUAAAAAAACCCUCUGAAUUAACCAAAACAGUGCAGGACCUUAAGGGAAAAACACAAAAUUUAGAUGAAGCUCACACACACACAAAAAAAACCAGAAUGAAAACAGGGAGGUAAAAAGGGAAUGUGAUAAAAGAAAGAAAGAACCAGCGGACUUGAGGGCAAUCCAGGAAGCAACUUUGGAUUCCAUAGCAAUGCUGCAGAUGCAGAGGAGAUUUAGAGACUUACCGGAGAAUGCAGAGGAAAUAAUUGAACAAAAAAUUCCUAAAGAACUAGCAGCAUAAUUAGAACUGGAGGAAUCAGAAGUAAUACCAGAAAUAGAAAAAGCCUUUAGAGUCAAGUCAAGUGUAGCCAAAGUGAACAACUGGCUGGCAGAUUAUUUAGUUUCCUUUAAUUCUAUGGACUUUAGAAAUAAAGUUAUUCAAACUAGUAACAAGAAGAAACUAAAUAUUGAAGGAAACGACAUUAUCAUUCACAAAAUUAUCACAAAUUGAUUGAUAAAAAAGAGACAAUUAUAAACCUCUAGCUGAGGCCUUGAAAGCAAAGGCAGUGGACUAUAGAUGGGAGUACCCCGAAGGCAUCUUCUUUUUCUUCAAAGGUAAAUGAAGAAAGUGCCUGUCUGCACUAGAAGCAGACAAGUUAUGGAGGAAGUAUUGGAGAGAGCUUGGAGGAAAGAGACAACUCGGGGUGGGGUGGGGGAGCCAGAGGAAUCGGAGUCAACGGCCACAGCAAAUGGAAGCUAAUCUGGGAAUCCAACUCAGAAAUUAAGUAAAAGUGUUUCUGCUGUAUAUUGAGAAAUUUUGGUCGUGUUGACAUUUUCUUUUUAAAUUGCUGUAUUAUUGUUUGGAAAUAAAGUAUGGAUCUUAACAUUA